AUGAAAUUGUUUACGUGUUAAGAUAUUGCGCACGAAGGAGAAGCUAUAUAGGGAUUCUGUUUAAAUUUUGGAUGCUAGGAUUCAAGGCCUUAGUUCUGUCUAUAAUGUGGAAUUGACCCUAAGAAACACUCUAAUUGCAAGAAAGAUUUAAAAGGAUUUGGUUAGAUUUAAAGUUUUAUCGCGAACUUCAAUUAGAACAUACUUGAUUUAGGAACUGAAUUGAAUAAAUCCUUCACAUAAGUCAAAGUAAAAUAUGAAGAAUUCUCAAAAUAAUUAGAGAAUAUGAAAAUACAAUUAACUAAGAUAUCUGAAUGUUUAAGUCAAUAAGAUUAUUAAUAAAUGAAAGCCAAUUUAUAAUUGAUAAAGGAAUGGUACCANUAUAUAUACAUAAAAAUCCAAUACAUAUUAAAAAUCUUUUAAUCAUUUUUACAAUCGUUUCAGUUUAAUCUAUUAUAAUUAUGCCAAGCAUUAGAAAAAUCUAAUGAAAUAAUCAGUCGAAUUUACUCUUAAAUAUUAAAAAAUAUAAUUUAUUGGCAUUUUAAUUCUAAUGUAAAUUUUACAUUAGUAUAAAAAGGAAUGAAAUUCAUCUACCCUACUGAUAAUUAAUUUUGA